UCUCCUAGCAGUAUGACACUCCUAAUCAAAACUUUAUAUAACGAAAAAAUACAUCGAUAGUGUUAUUGCCAUUUGAAAACGAUUCAUUUUCACGGUUCUCGUUUAAAUAAAACUCGCGUUAAUUCGCCAAGGAGUCGUAUCGUUUAUCCAAAGAAUGCGAUUCGGAAGAAAGAGAUUCGAACGAUGAUUCGGAAGUGAAUGGAAGAACAGUGUCUUAUUGUCAAUUAAGUGUAAAGUGCCUGUAGAGAAUCAUCUUAUUUAAAAUAAAAAUAUUAAAAAUGGAGCCGCAAUAUUCAUCGGAAAGAGUCUCGUUUUUCAUAACCGCCAGAUGUCCCUCUUUUGGUUGGAUCACUGGCGGGAACGAUCGUUUUAUAAGCGUCGCGAACUUGUGACGGUUGACCGGUGUCUCGCGUUCGAGACGACAGUGUUUCAAAUCCUAUUCUUUCGGUUCUAGUGUUAUGUGUGAAUGUGUCGGUUGAUUUCGUUUGAGAAAUCAUGCCGUUCGUGCUACGCAGAGUGGAGCCGCGUUUCUUGUGUCGCGGACACGUGCCAGCGGGAUCGACAGCCCAGGGUUGGCCAGUGGGUGCCGAAUUGGAGGCGGUAGCGAACGGUGCGCUGACCACCUCGUUGAAGCAACUCGCCUCGCUUCUCACCAUCGCCGAGGACAUCUUUGCGGAACUGACUGCCGAGUUGACCGCUGUUGCCGAUCGGAGCAGCAAUCUGCGCCAAAGGAUAGACAAGGUCGAGGAACGUCUCGCCACCGUCGACCCGAAGAAAGUACCAGUCCCGGAAUCGGAUAUUUGCACGUUCGCGACGAGGACGGAACAUUUUCACAUGGUUAAGAAAGCAUCGACGGCGUUGUUCACAUCGGACACCAGGCCGAAAGCCUUGAGGGAAUUGUACGAGGCUGCCGCUAUAGUCGCUGUCAGAAGUUUGGAUAGCCUGAGAAGGGAUGGCAGCUCCAUGGAUAUGUUCCUGUGCACGCCCGUCCUUGGCAAGAGAAGGCGAGACCAAAGUCUCGACAUCGAAUCCAGGAUCCCGGCCGCUAUCGAGGAUCUUCGAAGAUGGACGUCCACGGAGGCGCUCGGGGACGUUACAGUGCCGCCCGAUUGCAUGUCCAGGAUCCUGGGAGAUACGACGACCGACGACGCCGUCGAUCACAAGCUUCCCAGCCCCGAGGAACAGGUCCAAGCCAUCGCUCUCAAAUUCCCGGCGGAAAUCGUGGCGGUGGACGUAAGCGGAAGAGGAUUCGAGAGAAUGUCGACGAGGAGAAGAUCUCUGCUGUCCGGUCCGGAGAGCCAAGAGACAGCGGUGAAGAGGCGAUCGCGGCCUCGAAGGCCCAGAGGAAAAAGACGAAACACGAUCGCUGGCACCGAUCAGAAAGAAAUUCGACAGGCUAUAGGAGGAGAAACGACCGGAGAGGAGGCGGAGGAGACGAUAUCGAACAUGGGAUCGAGAGCUCAUCGAUCAGCGAGCACGGACAUAUUGGGUUCGUCGAAGAAGGACUCGCCCGCGGAAAAGAAGUCUCACUUCAACACGUUGAAGGCGUGGGGUAUGUCCAGAUUGAAACUGAUCAGCCCGAAAUCGAGCCAGCAACAGCAGCAGCAACAACAGCAGCAACAGCAGCAGCAGCAGGAGCAGCAACAGGAGGGGUCGGGGACAGAGAGGCGCAGGAAGGACAAGUCUCACGAAAGGAAGCCGAGCUCGUCGAGCUCGAGCGGGAAGAGCACCUCGAGCAUACCUGUAUCCGUGCCGAGCGGCGAGAGACAACCGAGCGUGAAAUUGCGCGAAAGCGCGGCCCAAAGGAGGGAAAGACGAAAGGGAGGAAGCAGGGACGAGCCGCCUCAUUCCAGUUCUGGAAACUGGAGUGCGUCCUCCGAAAGCGGAAGGGCGAGUAUCGGAAGCGAGACGACCACCACCACUCACCAGCCGAGAUCGACGACGACAGCUUCGAUCGGAACUUCGUCGACGUCAUUGAGCCACGUGAGGCGUUUCAAAGGACGGGACACGUCGACCUCGUCCUCCGUGACUUCGGAGGGCACGCUGACCCCGGACAUUAUACAGGAUAUAGCCGUGGUACCGUUCUCGGACGACGGCGAGACAUCGUCCGUGUAUUCCUGCGACACGGAGGGUUAUUACACCUCGUUCCACGUGGACUCCGGGUUGAAAACGCUGAGGGAAGAGGAUCCCGUCCCCCAGUGUCCAUUGAUGAAGUCGAACGACGUCAGCUCCGAUCCUACCUCACCCAUCAUCGAAAACGAGUACGAACUGUUCGGAAGGGGGUCCACGUCGACGACCACCAGCUCCGCGGGCACAGUCUGUACAGCUUUAAUGGCGCCACCCCCGCCUGAAAGAAAAUCUAGCCUUACCGUUGUUGCUAUGGUUCACGGGCCGAAUCAAAAUGGCGGCGAGUCACCGGACAGCGGCCACAACACCUCGUCAUCGCCGGUGGAAUCGGCCUCGAGCCCUGCCUGCACGGGAAGAUCGUGCUCGGAAUUCGAGUACUCCGAGUCGAGCGAUCUCGAGGGGUGCGAGAGGAUCGAGAGGAUCCGUUCGAAGACAGCGAUCAACACGAGCCGUAUACCGUCCAUGUGCGUGAUCACCCCUCCCGGCUCGGACGACGAGCAGCAGCACGCGAGGGACACGGAGCAGGGGAGUAAAAAGGGGGAGGGGAGGAAGGGCGAUCUUCAAGCGGGCGGAUCGGUGCUGAUGUCGGCAACGGUCGGCACCUCGAAGAUGGAGGUGAUCAACGGCCAGGACAAGAACCUGUACGCGACGAUCCAGGUGCUGCCCUCGCCCACGAGCGAGAAGGCGGCGACUAUCGUUGGCCAGCCGACCAAGAUCAGCCCGUUGAGCGGCGUUCUGGGCAAGCUUCGUGGCGUGCUUCCGGGGAGAAAGCACGUGUUGAAGGGCGGCGUGCAGGAUCAUCAUCAGGGGGGAGGAGACUCCGGCGACUAUGUAACCAUAGCCGACGUGAGAAACAACAACGACAAGCGGCAGGAUUCGGCUUCCUGCCCGACGCCCGCCCGUUCCCCCGUCACCUAUGCCAACUCGGACAUAUUCAAGAAGGACGCGGAAUACGUGAGCCUGAGCGAAUUGCCGAAGAAGCCGGACUCGUCCUUGGAGAGGAAGAGGCAGGGCGCCAGGGUCACGUUGGACUCGGAAGGCAAGGUUGUUUACUCGUCCGACAGCUUGAAGAGGAGGAAGGGGGCGCACACUACGUUUAAUCCAGGUCCGUUCGUGAGAGAGGGCGUGUCACCGAGCCCAUCCCCCCUGCUGCACCGCGCGACCCCCAACGUUCGAGCGGUGACGAGGAGCAACGACACGGUGGACGGCGCGACGAGCAAAUCGACGCCGCCCACGUCGCCCCAAUUAGGCAAGGUGAUCAUCAGGGCGGCGAGAAGUCCGGACCGGGCCGCCAGCCCGGAUUACGUGAGAACACCGACGACCGUGGUCGGCCCAACGAGCCCCACCACGGCCCACCGUCAAGUGCGCGGGGCAUACGUCAACGUGCAGGAGGACGAAGACAACACGCUGUUGGCGAUAGACUCGGUACCUCCCCACGGCUUGGUCCAACCGCCGCCUUACAUUUCACCCCCCAAUUCCGAGCAGUGUCGAAAGAAAGAGAGGAUCCAAGAGAUCUCCAACAACUCCCCCCACAAGAUUCAGAAUGAAAAGCAGCAAACUUGCGGGCGACAAUCAUCGGGCAACAACCCUGUCACCAAGAUUCACGAUCCCAGGCGGAACCUGUACGACCCCAACAACAAGCUAAUGUUCGACCAGGCUAACGAUUUGCAACGCGUUCGCGACCCCCGUCGCAUCGUGGACAUGAGGAACGCGAGGAAUCAGCAAUACUACGCGCCUCCAAAGGAUUCGAGCCAACAAUUCUACACGUUACCCUCGAGAAGGCCGCAGAGGGAUGUCGAGCCGCCUCGUAGCGUCACGCCGGAUAUCACGAGGGGUCUUGGACGAGGGGGCUCCCUCGGCACGAUGCACGUGCUCGCGAGGCACGGGCACAGGGCCAUGAUGGAGCAGGAUUCUAAUCGGUACGGCUCGCAGGCGGAGUUGAACAAGAGGAACUCGGAGGCGGAGAACAGGUUGAUGCAGAAUCACGAGCAUUCGUCGAUUGUGGAUAUCAGAAAUAGAUUCGCAACACCAUUAGGGCUGACAGCGCUUGGGUAUCGAUUCUUCGCGUCCUCGCCCGUUCGUGAUCCCGUUACGAAGUCUCCUAGUGCUGAUGCGUUAAAGUACAAUCCAAUUUCACCGAUCGGGCACGGAUACGGUAACAGUUUCAAGUCGUCGACGCCUACCGGCCGCAGUAUGCCAACUGUUGCCGAACGUCUGGCACUCACCGCCAACAAUAAUUCCUCCUCCUCCUCCUCGAUGCCCAAUUCCGGUAGGAGCACCCCCGUCCAAACCUCGUCGGGAAGGAGCACGCCCACCAAUCUGAUCCUUUCGCCGACCAAGAGCACGAUGUCCAACGAGGAAUUGUUCGCGGCGAUCCACAAAUCGAAGAAGAGGUUGAACAUAAGGGACGAAAGUGAAAAUCUCUCGCCUUACGGAUCGACAAGCUCGUUGGUGAAGAUGACGAUCGGGAACAAGAACGAUUGGGGCACGGAAUUGCAGAAAUCUCCAACGGUAACGCAGACGUCCAAUCAACCGGCAUCGCCAGCCACAUCUCGCCUCGACUUCAAACGGCUUCUCCUCCAGCAAAGCGUGAAGACCGGGCCGGCGAGGCUGUCGGCGGCCGAACAACUGAAGUUAUCGCGACAGCAGUGCCAGCAGCAGCAGCAGCAGCACCACCACCACCACCACCAACAACAACAACAGCAACAAUCAUCGGCCGGUGUCCAGCAAACAGCGUCCCUAGCCAAAGUUCUGAGCCCGCGCUCGAUAUGGAGGUUUCAAACGCCGCGCACGGACGUGCUCUCGUCCACGAUCAUCGAGGACACGGCGGCCGAGGAGAAAGCCAUGAAACCGUCGCCCGAGAACGCCUCGCCGGUGUCGAGAGUGAACGCGAGGCGACAACUCGAUCUCUGCAACGAUCUGCCCGACGAGGACGCGCGAGUCGCCGACAAGCGGCCGAUCCCCCGCGAUGUCGCGUGCGACGAGAGGAGGACGUUGAACGAGGCCGUUGAUCGCUCGAAAUCGGAAGCGUCUCCCAACGGCCGAGGUGAAGAAACGGAGAAUUGCACGGACGAUUCCGCGACGACGAUCUCUUAUCCGGUGAAUUGCGCUCAGCUCACGCCCUCGUGCCAGCAGGCGAUAAGCGCCUUCGAGUCGAGGAGGAUCAGCAAUCAGCUAGCAAGGGCCCAGUUCUUGGCCGGCACGCCGACAACAUCCGCUCAAGGGGCCAACACCGCUUACGCGAAGACGAUUUUCCGCGCUAGGUCCGAGUCCCCUCAGAAUACCUCGAUGCAGAGCGUGGCGCGUAGCCCCAGCGUGCCGACGUUGGAAACCGCUCUGUGAUCAUCCCUCUGCCAUUCCAAUGAUCGUGCGUCUCGGUUAUUGUAUCCGGGGACCGGAUUCUCUAUCGUUUCUUUCCUUUCGAUUAUCUUUUCGCGGGGGAUAAGUAGUUGCGUAAUUUUUAAUUGGGGGAUGCUAGGAAAAGAUUUUGUGAAAAAGGGAUUAUCUUUCAUUUACGUGGAAAGGGAUGAUUCUGGAUUUUAAAUUUCUUUGGAUUCGUUUUUCGAAGUUAGAUAUUUUUGAGUAAGUCUUUUCUUAAUUUUAUUCCGAAUUGUAAUUUUUUUUAAUUUUAAUUGGGAGAUGCUAGGUGUAGGGAAAGAUUUUAUGAAAGAGGAUUAGGUGUCUACUUAUGUGGAAAGGGAUGAUUCUGGAUUUCAAAUUUCUUUGGAUCGUUUUUCGAAGUUAGAUAUUUUUGAGUAAGUCUUUUCUUAAUUUUAUUUCGAAUUGUAAUUUUUAAUUGGGGGAUGCUAUGAAAAGAUUUUAUGAAAGAGGAUGUAGGUGUCUACCUAUGUGGAUAAUUCUGGAUUUCAAAUUUCUUUGGAUCGUUUUUCAAAGUUAAAAUAUUCUUAAGUAAGUCUCUUCUUAAAUUUUUUACUGGAAAAAUGUGUCUGGUCCUCAAUAACUAAUAACAUAGUGGAAAUUUUCUUACGGAUACGAUUCAAAACUAUGACUGAAGACAUAGAAAUAACGUUGAACUUAAUAUUAGAUUCACGUAAAAGUUCAUCUUUUUUUUUUUUAAACUUAAAUAAUUUAAAGUAAAAUUAAAAGUACGUUUCAAUUUUUUUUAUAUUUAAUUGUUUACUGAACGUAUUCAUAUUCACAUUGAUCAAAAUUAUUUAAUUGCAAUAAAAAUCAUCGCGAAACGAAUAAACUUUUGCAUUGGCCUAAUGCAAUAGAUGACAAUCACGUUCGUUUGAUUAGAUAUUCCUUUACUGGAUGAACUAGAAAAGGACAAUAAUUAAGAUGCAUUACCACAAAGUCGCAGUAGUAUUAUACAGUAUUGGAUUGCUUCAUUGAUGCGGAAGUAGCAAAGUUGAACAGAUUUGCAUGGAAUCGAGUUUAAAAAAUAUCACCGAUUCGUUGAAAUUUUAUUAAAAAAUAUUACGCAAUCGAAGACCUUGGUAACAUUUCGUAUUAUGAAUUAUUAAUAUAAUACAUAACGUUGAAAGCAAUAAAUUAUAAUGCAAAUAAUCUUCUCGAUAAUUUAAAUAGUGAUAUAAGUAUAUGCGAUAUAUAUUUUAUGCCUUGUAUCGAAGAGGAUUCUUCAAUAGGGGAGGGGGAAGAGGGGAAACUGAUGAUUAAAAUCACGAACGUUAUAUGGAUAUAUAUUCAAGAGGAAUAACCUUGAUUUACGAUAUUUUUGCAUUUUAUCGUUCUUCCAUCCAUCGUAUAUUAUUUAUCAACCUUCGUUCAUUUCUUCGUUUUUCUC